CAGUCGGCGCUACCGCACAUGAUGAAUCAUCGAACAUUAUUCCAGUGCUAUUUUCGAAGUCGAACCGGCAGCAGCGCAAUCGAUUUCGGCUGCAACGGUUGAAGCAGAGGCUCGCAGGUGAAAAGGAAAUUUGUUCCAUGGCUACUUCUUCUAGAAAUGCCUAUCGGGGGCCGGCGAUAUUAGAAGGCGUGAGCAAAAGCAGUCAGCAGGUGGACAGUCGCGGUUUUACCAUGGAGGAUGUGGAUCCAGCGGACCGUUUUCCUACGAGACCCGGCGGCGAUUCAGCUUCACCUUUCCGGGGCUGUGAGGAAAUUGCUCCUCAACUUUCCGAGCAGAAACGGAAUGCCGAUACUACUAGUAGUGCUUUCGAACAACCGUGCUCCACCGCUGUUGAAACUCGCAUUGUUCUUUUUCAACAUGAUCCCUCCCACGACGAACUACAGUGUCGUCGUGCAGUGCCG